AUGGCACAAGCCGACGAGCGAGAACAUCAAGACGUUGUGCUAAAUCUUAUCGAGACUUAUCACGAACUCAAUGCUUGUGUAAUCGAUGAGCUCACCGCCCAGCCUACGGCGCUGCAGUUCGCGCGCUACGUGGGCAGGAAUCGACCUUUUGUCGUGCGGAAAUGUGCUUGUUCUUGGCGAGCGGUGCGGCAAUGGGACGCGUCGUAUCUGCGCGAGGUGAUGGGCGAUGCCGCGGUCAAUGUGGCCACGACGCCGAAAGGAAAUGCAGAUGGGUUGGUGGAGGUUGAACAUGGGAAUUUGAUCCUGGUCGAACCAUAUGAGAAGAAAGAGAGCUUUGGCGACUUCCUGGGCUAUAUUCAAGCUGAAGCGCAUCUAUCAGAGCAGGAGCGAAGUGGCAGAAACGUCAAGUACGCGCAAACACAAAAUGAUAAUCUCCGCGCAGAGUACUCAGCACUGUUCGCAGAUGUGCCUGAUAGCAUUGACUUCGCCAGCGCGGCCUUAGAUGCAGAACCUGACGCAGUAAACUUCUGGCUGGGCAAUGAGAGAUCUGUCACAGCCUUGCACAAGGACAAUUACGAAAAUGUCUAUGUCCAGGUCCGGGGACAGAAGCACUUUGUACUUCUCCCGCCGAUCGAAAUGCCAUGCGUGAACGAAGUCCCGGUUCAAUUCGCGAGAUAUCAGCCAACCGGUGACGAUGAAUCAAAACUGGAGCCACAGACCUACGAGGGUAGCGAACCAAUUCCAACACCAAUCUGGGAUCCUGACGAGCCGGACGCGCGAGCCUCGCCAUAUUCGAAGGCGUCUAAGCCGAUGCGCGUCACCCUGGAUGAAGGAGACAUGAUGUACCUGCCGGCGAUGUGGUACCACAAGGUGUCGCAGAGCUCUGGUGAAGAGGCCUUCUCGUGCUCAGUCAACUACUGGUAUGACAUGGAUUUCAGUGGAAGCUUUUGGGCGCAGAACAACUACCUGAGGGAAACUGUCGAGGCUACUGCGAAGCACGUGAGGUAUCCUGAGCUCGAUUUCGGCGAUGAAGAACAAAGUCAUCCAUGA